UUUUAGUUUGAAAUGUGGUACCGGAAGUGGAGUUCCGUGUCUGUCGGAUGACGGCGUCUCGUUAAAAGUCUGAAUUGCGGAAGUGGCUCAGAAACAAAGCGCAGUGGUGACGGAGUUACAUUUGAACUGAAAAGUUAACCUGAGCGUCAACAGAACCCUUGAAAAUGGCCAAUGAUGUUUACUCCCCUACAACGGUUUCAAAUCCCAAAUCAUCCUGUUGGCUGGGCGCUGAGUCCAAGUACUUGGGGAAAGUUCGCUUCUUCUUGAAGAUCCUCGAAACGCUCCUCUCCCUCAUGGCCUUCAUCCUGGAGGAGACCGUCACCAGCUGCAUAAGCUGCCAUCCUCUCUACUUCUUCGAGUUUGUGAGCUGCACGGCCUUCCUCUUCACCACUCUGCUCUUCAUACUCCUCUCCACAACGCUGCAUGAGAAAGUGGGCAUCAGCUGCUGGCCGAAAGUGGACUUUGGUUACACAUCAGUCAUAGCUGCGCUCUUCCUAAUCUCCUCCAUCGUGUUUGUGUCCCAUAAUGGUGGAACGGUUGCGGAGAUCCUCUCUGUGGUUUUUGGCUUCAUGGCCAUGGUGGCAUUCUGCAUUGACGUGUUCUUCAUCGUGAAGACCGACGGUGUUCCCUUUGGGAGGGAACCAACCCAGCCCACCACUAACGGCGUCGUGGCUCAGCAGGAGGCUGAAAAACUAAACGGAGACGCCAACGCAGCGCCGUAGGAGUCCGGAUCUUCACGCUCUGUUUCUUUACAUUGUUUCAUGUAGUGAUGUAUGAUGUCAGUUGGGCGGAGCUUCAGCUGUUUUUAUUCUUUGUUUGAACACCAGAGGGCGCUCUGCUCUGAAACGUUUUUAAAACCUUGAGACAGAAACUGGUUUUUAUUCAUUAAAAAUCAUAUUUAGCAUCAACAGACACUAAAACUAUCAAACCACUAAACGUUUCCCUGGGAAUCGGACGCUUUACUGGUUCUCUCACUCUGUCUGCUUUGCUGUUCAAUGUUUUCACUAACAGUUGCCUUAAAAUUAUGAACAUAUUAUGAAAAACUCAUUACUUCUCAACUUAUCAGGAUGUCAGUUUUUCUUCUAAAAUAUGAAAACGUUUUUUUUUAUUCUGUAAAAUGUUCUAUUUUUGUAUAUUUGUGCGGCUCUCGUUUCUGGAUUACUAAAAUCCUUCUUGUCUCUGAAGGAAGAUGAAUCUUCUCUGACUCGGAUGCGAUUGUGACACAAUCACUGAAACUCAACCAGCAGAAGCAAAACGAGCAAUAAAGUCCGAUUUUGUUUCUGCAGUGGAACAAAACAAAGUGAAAUGCUUCAUGUCCAGCAGGUGGCGCUGCAGCGCUUCAGUAAACCAUGAGUGAAAAGCUGCUGAGUUUGUCUUUAGAGAAGAUCAGUUUGGAGUCGUGAUGUUUCCAAAAACGUUUCCAUAAUUUUUCCUUAAAACCAGCUUCCUGUCAUCUGGAACAUUAAAAUUAUGAACGUUCCUGUUAAUCAUAAACUUCCUGCUGCUUCGGUUGGUCGGGUCUCCUCUUUCAGCCUUGGUCUCUUCUCUUCAUGCUGCUUUACCUUCUCUAUCUGGUUACUUCUGAGCUUUGGUUUGCAUCCUGAUUAAAUCGAUGAUGUUUUAAAGGAACCUUCUGUCCGGUCCGGCUAAUAAGAGAAUGACCCAAUUUGUUUUUAUUUCCGUCCAGACCUUUUUUAGCCUUUAGGAGGAUUUUGUUGAAGCCAGAAAUUGAAAUGUUUUUAGCUCCGUUUUCCUCCAUGAGUCCCUUUAAUGCCACCAGUUUAUGCUCCCAUUUAAUGCCCAUGUUUUAUGCCCAGGAUCUGGAGCGGACUGCAAGGUGAAGCUGCUUCUCUUCUACUGGUUUUUAAAUUCCAGCCAGGUUCAGGUUUUAAACUGAAACAACCUGACAGUUAAAAACCUCCAGAGAACCUCCUUAAAGCUGAAGCUCAGUCACAUCUUUCCUGAUGAGGUUCUAAUCUUCUGCCUGGAAACAUCUGUGAGACAAUCCUGAAACUGACAUUGAAAAAGGUGUUGAAUCAUGACUGUUUUCUGUCAUUCAGGGUCAUGUUUUUAGGGCGGAUCUGCGGUGUAUGUAUCCAUCCGCUGCGCCUCGUCUGUUUCUCUGCUGGACUCAACUUGUCACUUUGUCUUUUUUUGCUGCAUUCAGUUUAAUAAACAUGUUAACGUCA